AUGGUCAGGGGGCGGGGCUGCAACGAGAGCUUCAGGGCCGCCAUCGAUAAGUCCAACGAUGGACCAGCUGACGAGGAUGAUGAUGAUCUGUCAGACCAGAGUUGGGGACUGGAAACCCUUGCCAGCGGCUCCUCUCGCCAGGGAGUGGGGGAAGCGACGAAGGAGAGCAAAGACAAGAAGAAGAAGGCCAAAGACAAGACGAAAGAGAAGCAGCACAAAGGGAAAGGAAAGGAGAAGAUAACAGAAGCUGUGGACGAGUCAGACGAGAAGACGAAAAUGAAAGGAUUUGGAUUGCUGAGGACAAUGACCCAACACACCUCCAGGCUGUAUAAGGGCUUUUCAACUAAGGAGAGUGAUGGAGUGCUGCAUCAGAUGACCUGGCUUCCACAAUCACCUGACGUCAAACAAAUGGAAAUGGUUCUAGGAUGAGUUGGACUGCAGAGUGAAGGAAAAGCAGCCAACAAGUGCUCAGCAUAUGUUGGAACUCCUUCAAGACUUUUGGAAAAGCAUUCCAGGUGAAGCUGGUCAAGAGAAUGCCAAGAGUGUGCAAAGCUGUCAUCAAGGCAAAGGAGGGCUAUUUGAAAAAUUGCAAAUACAAAAUAUAAUGUAUUUUGUUUUGUUUAACACUUUUCUUGUUACUACAUGAU